AGACAAGUCUUUUCCACCUUAACCCUCGAGUUAGUCAUUUAUCGUUGAAGGAGGAUGUCACUUCGUUGUGCUACUGCUGCCGCUGUCGGCCUCUCUAUAAUAUCCUUAUGCGUAAUUGUUCGUGGUGCCGAGUACUUUGAUAUAACUCAGACGGUUUUCGAUGGUGAUACAGAUCAUAAGAUUUGCUAUCAUUAUCAUGGAAAAUUGGGUCAAAGAAUCAUGAUCGCGAGUGACAAAGAGUUGGGAUUUAAAGUUUAUGCCAAAUAUGGGAGUUCUAAGACAAUCAGUGAAAUGCAAAUUUGUUAUACAAAUACCAAUAUAACAAUUACCCCGGACUCCAUCGCCAAAAACAACUUGACGAAUAUUAAAUGGCUCGAUAGAGAAUUAAAAACCGAUAUUAAUGGCUUUACUUUUACUUUAAAUGGUCAAACGAUUCAUAUCAAUGUUGAAGGAAAAGGGAGAAGUUUAAAGAUGAGAGUUGUGAGAAUAGCUGAAUCGGAUUUAUCUUAUUUAAAUUUUUAUUUUGACCUAUUAAAUGGUAAAGAAAGUGUUGACGAGAAAAUUGGAGGGCUUCUUGGUCUAGUAUCGGAGCACAAGUUUAAAUUUUAUCCUCCCGUUCAAAUGAAAACUCAGAGAGCAGCCGUCCAAAUUGAUAACGUGGUCGUAAAGGCGGAGUUUAAGAGAAAACGGGAUUAUAUGUGCUGGUUUAUAGACGUUUUAGACUUUAUUAACGAACCAUAG